AUGGAAGCAUUGAGAGAAACCGUCUCCCAUUUCCUACAAGAACUUUUCACCAAGAGGGAUGCGAUGGUAGUGGGUAUGGUUUUAAAACUACGAAAUCCCGAGUUCGGCCACGCUGGCGCAAUAGAAAGGAAUAUCACUGAAUCAUUAAGUAGUAUGUUCCAAUACUAUCAUCACAAGAUCAAGCACAUGGGGUAUUCAGAAAUUGUGCGACCAUAUCUGCAAGCAAAAAUUUUUUGCGGGAAAGGAAUGCCAUACCCUAAAGACGGUUGUCGUGAAAUAAAACGAUGCCGCAGUAAAUCCGCAGCCCUGCCGCAUAAAACGCAUAAAACGGAAGCGCCUCGCCAAAGUAACUAG